AUGCGCUAUUACAGUAAGGUCGAGUGGUUGUACGUCGGCAUUAACUUACGCUGGAGCAUCCGCAAUGAUGGCGGACCCGACGCGAGUGGCAUCGAGCGCUCCCAGGAUAUAAAAUACAUGCGAUACUUGCGGUUCUUCCUGGUGCUGGUCGGGGGCUGGCCCGGGAAGCCGCUGGGCGACUGGCGGCGCUCGGGGCGCUGGUACCAGUGGCUCAACGUCGCUCUGAGUGUGCUCACCCUGGUGUUGGGCCUCCUCUACGUGAGAAACAACAUCUCUAAACUCUCCUACUUCGAAAUGGGGAAAACGUACAUCACGGUGGUGAUGAACUGCGUUUGCCUCAGCAGAUUUUGUACUUUUAUGACGGAUAGGUAUGAGAAAUCAAUGGUGUAUUUCGUUAAGGACAUCCAUUUAUUUAAUCACAGGAAUGAUUCAGAAUAUGCAAUGAAGAUGCACAUGUUCGUUCACAAGCUGUGUCACUGCUUCACGCUGUACACCAUCGGGCUGGUGUCCACGGUGGCCGAGGUGUACGACAUCGUGCCCGUCGUCAACAACGCCGGCAGCGGCGCCUUCCGCCGCCACCCGCCCGCCGACAUCACCUACGAGUCCGUCGUCUACUACGCGCUGCCCUUCGACUACGAGCACGACGCGGCCGGCUUCUACGUUGUCUUCAUCUACAACUUGUACAUUUCCUACAUCUGCUCUGUUUUAUUCCUCAUUUUCGACUUGUUAGUAGCUCUGAUGGUUUUCCACUUGUGGGGACAUCUGAAAAUUCUCACCUACAGCCUGGACAAUUUCCCGCGGCCCGGGGAAGUGUUCGAGGGCCAGGCUUCAGUCGGCCGCCUGGCGGGGCUCCGCUACACCGACCGAGAGACCGAGGAGGUGACGAGGAGGCUCAAGGAUAUCAUUAUUUAUCACGAGAAAAUCCUCAAGUACAGUGAGAAUAUUUCAAACACAGUGGGUCUGUCAGUCGCCGUGUACUAUAUGUUUCAUCAGAUCACGACAUGCCUGCUGCUCUUGGAGUGCUCUCAACUGGAUACCAAGGCUCUUGUUCGCUUCGGUCCUUUGUGCAUCUGUCUCAUCAACCUCCUGGCGCAGGUGUCUGUUAUAUUCGAGCUGCUCGGGUCUAGGACAGAGCCGCUGAUGCGAGCCGCGUACAACGUGCCGUGGGAGGUGAUGGAACCGGGCAGCCGGCGCCUCGUGCUGAUGCUGCUGCGCCAGACGCAGACGCCGCUGGGGCUCAAGGCCGUGGGCAUGGUGGAGGUCGGCGUGCAGACCAUGGCUACGAUUCUGAAAACUUCUUUGUCGUACUUUAUGAUGUUGAGAACGAUGGCAACAAACAAAUGAAGAUUUUCUCCCAUCAUUUGGUUCACAAUCUCCACACAGCACGAUUAUAGAAAUUGAAAUUAACACAAGGCACACGCUACAUUUUAUUUUAUCUUUUAUGCAAUUACAUUUUUUUAUGUCA